AUGUGUAACAAUCACCAAUCUAAUCAAAUGAAACUGGAACAAUUAAAUACUACUAUGACUACUAUCACCCCUGCCCCUCCUCCUCCUACUCCUAUUACUACUAUCAGUACUACUAGUACUACUACUACUACUACUAGUACUACUAGUACUACUAGUACUACUAGUACUACUACUACUACUACUAAUAGUAGUGAUGGUAGUAAUAAUAGUAAGCGGUGGAUUUUGGUUUAA